AUGCGCAUCCCCAUUGCCGUGCAGCUAGGGCUGCUGGUCCUCCUGACGGCCCUGGUGGGUAUUAUCAUCCUCGCCGUUGCGACAUGGACCACCACAUACAGCUUUGUAGUCGAUGUCGAAUCGCAAGGGCUUGAACUCGUCGCAACCAUCAAGGCGAGCCAGAUCGCCUCGAGCCUCGAGCUCCUCGAAGUGACCUGCAAAACCAUCUCUACGCGGCUCCUGGUACAAUCCGCUCUACGACGUUACUAUGCCGGGAAUACGUCGGACGCCAACUGGGCGACUUCCAUCACCGACGUACAAUCGGCCCUCGGAAGCCGGGGAUACCUAAGCACAUACCAGGCGAUCCUCUACUCGAAGAACGGACAAGGCGAUCGCAACCGAUUGUUGAGCGUCACCAGUGAUUCCAUCCCGGAGAUCACGCUUCCCUACACCUACCCCAAUGGCAGCUCGGUAAUGCUGGGAGACGAAGGACUUGGAUACCCCUCAAUCCUUUAUCCGAACUUGACAUAUACCCAAUCCUCGAACAGCGAGAUUUCCACCACGGUGAACGCCUUUCCCGAUUACACCCUAGGAUUAACCUCGACGCUACUGUUGGGUCCCAUGGCAAUCAACAGCUCCUUUUCUCUCGUUUCCCUGACACUGCCCAUCGUCAAUAAUACAUCGGAUACGGAUAUCCUGGGUUUCAUGACGGUUGUUGCCAGUGCGGCCAACGUGCAAAGUGUCGUCAGCUCUCGCGACGGGCUGGGCAACACCGGGCAAGUCCUUCUUCUGGGGCCCUCGAGACCUGAGAACCGCUUUGCCGCGGAGCCUGCAACAGCCACCUCGUCCCCUGAUCGGCCAGCCCUCGCCGACGCACAGGUUCACUACAUCUUCGAGCCCACCCCGCUGCCGUCCCAAGACAGCCGUCACCGUGGCGUCUCCGCCGGGACCUCCUUCGAGCUUUCCAAGUACCCCAUGGCACUGAAAUUAAUGGUCGAAUCCGAUGAAAACGAGAAUAAAUCCGUCAGCAAACUCUCUGCCAAAAAUGAACAAGGGUACAACGUCGCAGUGGGCGCGGUUCGGCCCAAAACGUCACUCGUUGAAUGGAUUCUGUUGGUGGAGGAAACGCAUUCUGAAGCCUUCGCGGCGGUGGUGCGGCUGCGCAAGAUCAUCCUCGCUUGUGUAUUCGGGACAGCGGGGUUCAUUAUCUUGGUGGUGCCUCUGCUGGCGCACUGGGCUGUUGCUCCUAUUCGCAGGAUGCGCGAGGCCGCUCGGAAAUCGAUCGAGCCAGAGGUGCCGCCAACACCGUCUCCAGGCUACAUGGAGCACGAGGCUGAGGGGCAUGGAGAUACGGUACAGACCAUUGAGGAACAUAUGGAUGAAAAGGGUACGCCUGCGUCUUGGGUGAAACGCCUCCGACGGCCAUUGGAGCGAUUCAACAGCUCUCACAGCUUCGGCGAUCGACGGGACCCCCGGUCCUCCUUCCGGAUUCCUUCGAGGGUGAAAGAGCGGAGAUCCUGUGUGACGGAUGAGCUCACGGAGCUCACCAGCACCUUCAAUGAGAUGUCGGACGAGCUGACAAUCCAAUACAAUCGACUGGAAGAGCGUGUGGUGGAGCGGACAAAGGAACUCCAGAAGGCCAAAUUGGCGGCAGAAGCAGCCAACGAGAGCAAGACCCUGUUCAUCGCGAACAUUUCACAUGAGCUCAAGACGCCGCUCAAUGGCAUUUUGGGCAUGUGCGCAGUAUGUAUGGGGGAGGAAGAUCUGCAUCGGAUUAAGAAGUCACUUCAAGUUGUCUACAAAUCGGGCGACCUCCUCCUGCACCUGCUGAAUGACUUGUUGACUUUCAGCAGGAAUCAGAUCGAGCAGGCUAUUCACCUCGAGGAAAAGGAAUUUAGACUCUCGGACAUCCGUUCCCAGCUGUCGAUCAUAUUUCAAAACCAGGUACAUGAGAAGCAUAUCGAUUUCAGUGUCAACUACGUUGGUCCUGGAGAUAGUCAGUCUCGGGGUACCAUGUGCCAGGAACGAGGAGUUGAACUGGCACACCCGGCUGUUGGUCCACCGCAGACCGGUAGACUUAAGGACAUGGUGCUCUGGGGCGACCAACAUCGGAUCCUGCAGGUGCUGAUCAACCUGGUUGGGAAUAGUCUCAAGUUUACCCCGGAGAAUGGCAAGGUCGAGGUUCGCAUCCGGUGUGUGGAGGAAGUCCUGAAUCCCGAUAGCUCCGUGACACUGGUGCAAGAUUCUAAACCGUGCUCACAAGUACGUUCCUGUACUCCCUCGCCGUCGAGCACAAUGCCGGUGAACGGUGCCGAUCUCCUAGACAGCCAGGUGGAUACACAGGCUCCUGUACCAUCCGACUUGCGGACACUCAUAUUCCACUUUGAGGUCGAGGAUAACGGACCAGGCAUCCCAGCCAACAUGCAAAGACGGGUCUUUGACCCCUUCAUGCAGGGAGACCUAGGAUUGAACCGGAAAUACGGAGGAACAGGCCUUGGUUUGAGUAUCUGUGCUCAAUUAUCUCGACUUAUGAGUGGCAUAAUUCUGUUGGAUAGUGAAGAAGGGCACGGGGCGCUGUUUACCCUGAAGAUACCGUUGAAGUUUGUGAAGGAGGCGGCAGCUAGCACGCGUAGUUCCAGCGUUGUUGGCUCAAGAACCCCGAGCGUCAUGUCGCUUUCAUUGGAAGAGUUUUCCAACAUCACUCAGACCCCGUCGAACCACAGCUCUGUGGGCAGUAAAGAAACACUCAGCACCAAGCCCGAUGUCCAACCGCGGCUGGUUGGGUUAAGCCAGCCAUUCUUCGCUCCUACUGUUCCCUCUCCCUCUUCCUCUCCGUCCAAGGGUCCAGAGUCCAACCAGAAUGCCUCAGAUACUAGUUCAAAGAAGAUUCGCGUGCUAAUGGCUGAGGAUAAUAAGAUCAACCAGGAAGUGGCCCUUCGGAUGCUUGCCCUCGAGGCAGUCUACGAUGUGACGGUAGUCAAGGAUGGGCAAGAGGCAUAUGACACCGUCAAGGCUAACAUGGAGGAGGGCAAAGUAUUCGACCUCAUCUUCAUGGAUAUUCAGAUGCCCAUCCUCGAUGGACUCCAGAGCACGCGACUCAUCCGCGAGAUGGGAUACUCUGCGCCUAUUGUCGCGCUGAGCGCCUUCUCGGAGGACAGCAAUAUCAAAGACUGCAUGGACUCCGGGAUGGACAUGUUCAUCAGUAAACCCAUCCGACGGCCUAUCUUGAAGCAGGUACUAAACAAGUUUGCGACAAUUCCUGAAGAGUCCGACGGCAGUUCUUUGUAA